ACAUCGCUGAUAAAAUGGCAUUUAUCGGUAUUUUACCAUCGUUACUCGUUACUUUUUGCUGUCAUUUUCCUCGUUGGUAACGGUUGCAACCUUGCUGUGACGCGUCGUGCAAAGAUACAGAAAAUUUUGUGGUAAUAAUACGUGGUUUUGAUUAUAAAAAUAUUAACAAUAAGUGAAAUAAGGACGAUUUGUACAUCUUAGAUAAAGCAACCGUGUUUGAUCUAUGCAACUUGUUUAAAAAAAAUUUCGGAAUCUAAGCCGCCAUAUCUUUUUCACAGAAAUUGUAUCUUCACAUUCCAUUUUGUGCUCGAUCUUCGGAGCAGGUCAGUUGAUUCGCUAGUUAACUUUGGGUAGUGUUAUUUGACAUUAUUCAUUUUGAAAAGAUACGAGCCGAUAAAAGAACCAAAGCAAUCGCUGAAAAGAACGAACGACCAGAAAGAAGGUAGCAACAGAAAACAGGCAUACGCCUCAGUUAACAGCAACAGUGAAACCCAGCGGAGAGGCGCAGUCACUGAAUUUGAGGGAAUUUAAAACUAUUGUGGAGGUGCAUAAAGCAGCGCUGACGGCAGCAGCAACCGCGGCUGGAAGAACGAAGUUGUUACUGUUGGCAUUUCCAGCUCCAGAAUAAAUCUAUGCAGUGAUAACUAUAAUAUCAAGUGCAAAUAAAGCAUAAAAAAGAAGCGGUUAUAUCGGAGACUAAAGAGCAACAGCACGAGAAAAAAAAAACGAAGUAUAAAAAAGUGUGUGAAUCUGUUACUGUGAUUACGACAACAAAGAAAUUUGUCCCUACGUUAUCAUUUAUAGAACUCGACUACACACCAAUCGCUGAAAUCUCCUUUGUUAAGAAAUUAUUCGAAAUAAUUAGUACAUACACCCACAACUACCACAAUGCGUGAGUACAAAAUUGUCGUUUUGGGCAGUGGAGGUGUAGGAAAAUCUGCCCUUACCGUGCAGUUCGUGCAAGGCAUAUUCGUUGAAAAGUAUGAUCCCACAAUUGAAGACAGUUAUCGUAAGCAGGUGGAAGUAGACGGUCAACAAUGUAUGCUGGAGAUACUGGAUACUGCAGGCACAGAGCAAUUUACGGCCAUGCGUGAUCUCUAUAUGAAAAACGGUCAAGGUUUCGUUCUCGUAUAUUCCAUAACAGCACAAUCAACAUUUAAUGAUCUGCAAGAUCUGCGAGAGCAAAUAUUACGUGUUAAAGAUACAGAUGACGUUCCAAUGGUGCUGGUAGGUAAUAAAUGCGAUUUGGAGGAUGAGCGCGUUGUAGGUAAAGAACUGGGAAAAAGUCUGGCCACACAAUUUAACUGCGCCUUUAUGGAGACAUCUGCCAAAGCUAAAGUCAAUGUUAAUGAUAUUUUCUAUGAUCUGGUUAGGCAGAUUAAUAAAAAAUCGCCCGAAAAGAAACAGAAGAAACCUAAAAAAUCCUUAUGUGUUCUGCUAUAAGACUAUAACUACAAAAUACAUAAUUAAUUAAAUAAAGAAGAUGACUUGAAGAAAAUAAAUAAAUAUUUAGGAAGAUGAAAAUGAAAAUGUUUAUAAAUCCAGAAAAAUAAAUUUUAACAUGGAGAGUGCAGAUAUCUAAUACCACAUAUAUUGAGAUACAUAUAAUGAUGGUAUAAAUUCAAAAUAUUGCAAAAUUAUAUCCACUGUAGGCGAAAUUUUCAAAUGCCAAGAUGAUUUUCUUGUCAUAGAGUCGAAAUUAUUUUGUAUUUUACACUAACUUCCUCAGUAUAAUUUUACUUUUAUAUUAAACCAAAAGGCAAGUCUAAGCGCAAACAUUUGAUUGUGUAAAGUGAACUUCAUACAGAAGUAACCUAAUGAAAAAUGUAAAAGGCUAUACGCGUUGUCAAAAUCAUUCAAAACAGUUUAUACAAUUUACAAAGAUACUACUUUGCUACUAUUUUACAAAUUUACAAAGUAUCUAUAACUAAGAAUUAAACUUAAAAGAGAUGUUAGUUUGGAAAUGCCGCUUGUAAGUAGGAGAGAAUUGUAUUUUUUAUGAGGGUCUCGGGGUAAAAGUCAAAACAAUGUCUAUAUUAUGGUAUAAAUCGGAUAUAAUUUUUCAAAAAAUAAUUUUACGGUUGUGAAUUUUUCAUAAUCAUAUUCCGACCCUCAACAUAUUAUGUUCUUAUUAAUGAAAAAAAUUUUAAUUCUACUUUACAAAUGUUUUUUGAAUUGCAUAGCCAAUAUUGUUUAUGUUAUAUCUUAAAUAUUGUUAGCCAUAACUGAAAAUGCAUAGGCCAACAAGUGUUUUGACUUUAAAACCUUAAAACAAAAGCAAAGAAUAAAUUGAAAAGCUAAUAACUAAAAUAUAGACUUAGUGGAUGUAAAGAGAUGUUGAGAAAAUAAGAAUUUUUGCCAUUUAGGCACAUAGUUGUAUGUACAAUCCAGGUAUAGACCAGACCAGCACAUUUAUUGCUAGUCUUCUAUUAAUUUCAUUUCUUUCCGUUUAUCAUGAUUGUAUAAAAAAAUAUAUAUAACAGGACUGUCAAAAAGACAAAACGAUUCCCAUGUGCCCUAAAAAUAUUGCAAAUUGAACCAAUCAGAUUAUCGUAUUCAUACAUUAUAUAGUCAAGCCAUCAUACGUCAGACCACAUCAGUAUCCGUGACAAAAUCACUUGCAUGUUGCGUUUGUUAGACCAACGAUCUUCUCACCAAACAAAAAAAUUAUAAAAAAAAAACCGUAGUAAAUACUUUAUAGAUAAACCAUUUGAUCCACAAUUUGAUGUCUUCACGCAUUUCGUAUGAAAAAUUGUAUAAAUACCAAUAAAUGUAAUGUAAAGCUGUAGCAAACAAAAAUUAAAUAAAACAUGAAAAAUCAUGUUAUAAAAUUUACACAGAUAAAUAAAUGGUAAAGGUCCCAUUCUUUAAGUUUCGUCGUUACCAUGUGGUAUUGAUAAGUACUUUAAGAGCCAAGCAAAAAUGAACAAUAUAAAAUGACCUAAAAAUUGUGAAUGGUAAAAGUAAUAAAAAAAAAAAA